ACCGUCUGUCCCGCAGGAGGCGCCAACAGCCGCCAUUUUCCUCUGAGCGGAAGAAGGAAGAGCAGAGGGGAAACAUCCAACUCCGGUGGAAAAAAUCCAACAAAAACACAGAAUUCGUGCGAUGGACGUCCCGGGACCGGACAGCGACUGGAGGAGCCCCCAGUUCCGACAGAAGGUCGUCGCUCAGAUCGAGGACGCGAUGAGGAAGGCAGGAACCGCACACACCAAGUCCAGUAACGACAUGGAGAACCACGUCUUCGUUAAAGCCAAGUCCAGAGAGGAGUAUUUAUCUCUGGUGGCGAGGCUCAUCAUUCACUUCAGAGACAUCCACAAGAAGACCCACGGAGGUUCAGAUCCCAUGAAUACCCUGACUAACCUGACAGGGGUUGGAGGGGGCCCGGGCGCCAUCGGCAUGGGGCCUCGCCCCGCCGGUGCUCCAGUGGGUGGCAUGGGGGCCAUGGGGCCGAUGCAGAUAGGCCAGCAUGCCAUGGCAGGGGUGGCUGGAAACCCACAAGCCAUAGGGGCCCAGAUGCCGAUGCAGCAGAUGGUGCAGGCGCAGCAGCAGCAGCAGCAGCAGCAGUCCAUCCAGUUCCAGCAGUUCCAGCAGGCCCAGCAGCAGCAGCAGAACGCCAUGCAGCAGCAGAGCGCCAUGCAGCAGCAGCAGAACGCCGCCAUCCAGCAGCAGUUUCAGGUGCAGCAGCAGCUGAGGGUGCAGCAGCUGCAGCAGCAACAGGCCCAGAACCAGCAGCAGCAGAACCAGAUGCACCAGACCAGGAUCCAGCAGCAGCAGCAGCAGCAGAUGGUGCAGCUGCAGCUCCAGCAGCAGCACGCUCAGGCUCAGGCUCAGGCUCAGGCCCAGGCUCAAGCUCAGGCUCAGGCUCAGGCUCAAGCUCAGGCUCAAGCUCAGGCUCAGGCUCAAGCUCAGGCUCAGGCUCAGGCUCAGGCUCAAGCUCAGGCUCAAGCUCAGGCUCAGGCUCAGGCUCAGGCUCAGGCCCAGGCCCAGUCCAUUCAGCACAUGGUCCAGCAGCAGCAGCAGAUCCAGGUCCAGGGUCAGCCUCAGCCGGGUCAGAUGCCUCCUCACUCUCAGCAGCAGCAGCAGCAGCCCGGCAUGGUGCCUCAGUCCCUGGCUGGACAGAUGACGUCUGCUCAACACGUUCCCAUCAACUCUCUGAGUCAGCAGCAGCAGCAGCAGCAGCACCAGCUCAAGCUCCAGGCCUUCCAGGCCCGUGCAGCCCUGCAGCAGCAGCAGGCCGCAGCGCAGCAAGCACAGCAGGCCGCAGCGCAGGCGCAGCUCAACGCAGCCGCCGCAGCCGCUGCCGCCGGAUCUGGACAGCUGGUUCGUCCUGGGAUGCCAAUUCCUAACCGGCUGCCUCGAGCCGUCAACCCUCCAUCCCUCCUCCCCAACACUGCCGCCGCUGCCGCCGCCGCGCUGCUGCCGCCGCUGCCGCUGCGGCCGGGCGGACAGCCACAGCAGGCUGCAGCCCCACCACCUCUGAUUGGCUCCUCUGUCCAAUCACCUCCACAGGUACAGCAGCAUUCGAUGAUGUCAUCGCCCUCACCUGUGCAGGUCCAGACGCCGCAGCCGAUGCCUCCCCCCCCCAGCCGCCGCCCCAGCCCCGACCUCACAGCCCAACUCUGCCAGCCCGCCACUGCCAGGACCCCCCAGAACUAUGGAGCCUCUCCUGGACCACUCAACACUCCAGGUAACCCCAGCUCAGUGAUGAGUCCAGCCGGAGCCACAUCUCUGGAGGACCAGCAGUACAUGGAGAAACUCAAACAGCUCUCCAAAUACAUCGAACCUCUGCGCAGGAUGAUCAACAAGAUCGACAAGAACGAAGACAGAAAGAAGGACCUGAGUAAGAUGAAGAGUCUGUUGAACAUCCUGACUGAUCCAAACACCAGGUAACAUCCACGCAGUUAAAAUGAGAUCAAUCGUUCAGACCAGCUGAUGU